CUUUCGUGAAUGACAGCACAAGGCACUCGCAUUAAAAUGACGGAGACGUGAUAUUUGUUUGUUUCGACGUCGUAAAAUAUCUGUGUAUUUGUGUCGCACGCUCGCAAACAUGAAGGAAGAUAGAGCUUCUAAGCAGCCGAUGCUGAACGGUAGUCCGAAGAAAAUUCAACACAAGGUUUAUAAGAUAGUCUUGACGGGCGGUCCCUGCGGUGGCAAAACAACAGGACAGGUGAGGCUGAGCAACUUCUUCGAGAAUCUGGGAUGGAAGGUGUACCGAGCGCCGGAGACUGCCUUCGUACUCAUGUCUGGCGGUGUCAAGUGGACGGACCUGGACGAAAAUCAAGCGAUUAACUUCCAGGAGGACAUCGGCCGCAUGAUGCUGAUGGUCGAGGACUCGUACACGCGGCUCGCCGAGGGCGGCCGUCGCAACGCCAUCAUCAUCUGCGACCGCGGCGUCAUGGACGGCUCGGCGUUCCUGCGACCCGACCAGUGGCAGGCCAUCAUGGCGCGCAACGGCUGGAACCCCAUCAUGCUGCGCGACCAGCGCUACAACCAGAUCAUACACAUGGUGUCAGCAGCGGAGGGCGCGGAGGAGUUCUACACGACGGACCAGCACGCGACGCGGUACGAGUCAUCGGAGCAGGCGCGCGAGCUCGACAAGAGAGCAGCCCAGGCGUGGGUCGGGCAUCCGUACUACGACGUCGUCGACAACUCGACCGACUUCGAGACGAAAGUGACGCGCAUGAUCGGGCUGGUGUGUGAGCGGAUGGGCAUACAAGUCGGAGACCGCCUCGCCCGCAACAGCAUCAAGCGCAAGUUUCUCGUCAAGCGUCUGCCGCCCGGCAUGAAGGACUUUAGCAUGCCGAGCGGUGGCGGCAGCAGCAGUGAGAAAGCAGAUGCAGAAGCAGCGGCGGGGGCCGCGUCUGACGAAGAAUCUUCGUCUCAAGUAUAUAAUGAUACUUCGCGAAAACAGUUGGGCGACACGAACACAGUCUACUAUCGACAUCCGGCGUCUUGUUCCGACGUCAACCGCACGUCGCCUAACAGCCUGAACCGGCGCCUGCGCACCGUCUCCGACUGCGGCCUCGGCCCACAAGAGGGCGCCGUCAACGGCUUGGACGACCGUCGCUACGACGACGUGCACGGCGUCAAGAACCCGCGCAGCCCCUGCACGCCGCCGCCCGUCGAGUGA